AUGAUGGUAACUAUGGGUUAAAACAGUGCUGGCGCGGCCUUGGCGCUGUAAGUCCAGGCCUACAGCGACACCCAGCUGCAACCCUCUCGGAAGCGAUACUGGGCCCGAGCGGAGGGAAACCGUUUCGCUUUGAUCGGAGCAAAAAUACUGAAACCCUCGUCAUAUGCGGAUCCGGAUCUCGCUGUGAUUUUGAGUUUUCCUUGGUGAAUUGUGGUUUGGGUUCUCACUAGGUGACACGAGAGUUUCUUUGCUGAAAAGGGGCAGAGGAGCGUUUCAGCUUUCCCUAAGCCUCAGGGGCUCAAGAAAAAUAGCAGCCGCUUUUGUGUUGAGGGACCGAGCCCAUAGCUCGUCUGUAAGACGGGAUGGAUUUGUUUGGAGACCUUCCCGAACCCACACAAACUACAGCAGCAGACACAGGUUCUUCCAAAGACUCCAAGACUGAGGAAAAGCCCAAGACAGAGAAGAGGAAACUAGACACUGAAAGCAACGGCACAGAGCAACAGCUGGAGGAAAAGAAAUGGCCACAAGGGGAUUUAGGAAAACAGCAGGAGUUUGACAGCCAGCGUGCCUUUGUGUGUGUGCUGUCUGUUCCAGGAAUCCCCAGACUGAAGGGCUAUGUGGCGGCACGGAAGGGAGAGAGGGAGGAGAUGCAGGACGCCCACGUUAUUCUGCCCGACUUUUCGUCUCAGGUGUCUUCGCUGCCGUCCCAAGUAUCACACUUGGCAUACUUUGCAGUCUUCGAUGGGCAUGGUGGAAGCCGGGCAUCUAGGUACGCUGCCCAAAAUCUCCAUCUCAACCUAGCCCUCAAGUUCCCCAAAGGUGAUGCUGAAAACCUUGACAAGCUGGUGAAGAAAUGCCUUCUGGACACUUUCAAGCAGACAGAUGACGAUUUCCUCAAACACGCCUCUAGUCAGAAGCCGGCCUGGAAGGAUGGGUCCACAGCCACCUGCAUGCUGGUGAUGGAUGAUGUUGUGUAUGUAGCCAACCUGGGAGACAGCAGGGCUGUGCUGUGCCGCGGGGCAGAGGAGAGCCCUGGGAAGUUUGCCACACUGGCUCUGAGCAAGGAGCACAACCCCACUUGCUACGAGGAGAGGAUGAGGAUCCAGAAGGCAGGAGGCAUGGUCAGGGACGGCCGUAUUCUGGGAGUACUGGAGGUGUCUCGAUCGCUGGGUGAUGGCCAGUACAAGCGCUGUGGGGUGAUCUCAACGCCUGAUGUCCGCCGCUGCCAGCUCACAUCCAAUGACAAGACGAAGCGCUGGAAAAGAAGGAAGGGAAGGCGCGGCAGGAAGCCCAGUUUGAAACGGCGUGCCAUCGGCUGGCCAGCGAAGCAGUGCGGCGGGGCUGCGCGGACAACGUCACGGUCAUACUCGUGGCCAUCGAGUUCUAGAUCUCCGGAUCCUGCCCUGCGCUGCCCGGGUGUGUCGGGGAUUCCCAUCAUCACGCACACCAGGAGGCUAAGGGACAGGAGCGCACUGGCCUGCUUUCCAAGACCCCCCAGCUAUGGGACCCCUGGCCAGCUGGGCCAGCAAAAAACAUUUUUAUACGGCCAGAUUUGGAGAGAUGGGAGAAACAAAAGAAGCAUUCCUUCUGUCCUAGCUGGACUGGUUCGUGUAAGCCCUUUGUUUACUUAUGAAGCAAUGAUGCGAUGUAAACGUUUAUGCUUACGGCUGCAUGAAAGUAAAGUUUGAAAAGUACAACAAACUGA